GUUCCAGUUUUCAACAUGUUUUCAGCUUCAACUGUUGGCGUUGCGGCCACGCUCUUUGCCUAUGUCUCCAAAGCUCAACCUUUCAACUGCCAAAUCGAAGUUCCUCCCAAUCCGUUGACGGCACAAGGGCUUGCAACACCCUAUAAGAUGAGCGGCUGCAAUCAGCUAGAUUUUGCGAAUCAAGGAUCGUUCGUUGAAGCAGCAAUCCUAAACCCUGCUACUGGCGCUAUUUCCAUAUACAGCCCUUUGGUCAUCAACAACGGCAUGCAAGUGGGCAACGGCUUCAUUGCUCCAGUUGUUCCUACCUUGCCGGCCAACGCCGUCGUCGGUAUUUGGUUCGGAUCUAACGCCCAGACGGUCACUCUGACCGGUUCAACAACUGGAUGCGUGAAUGGGCUUGGUGGAUCGAUCUUUGGACAGUUUGCUUAUUGCAAUGCACCAACAUUUUUUACAGCUGCUCAGACAGCGAUUUCCGCCGGACUUUUAAAAGUCCCGCCUGUUGGGACAUCGACCAAAGCCAAUAGGCAAGCUUGCCCUUCAACUCGCGACUUCCGGGUUGUCGAUAUGGAUCAGAGUGACAAUGUUGACACUACUUAUCUUCUCAUCAACGGGAAAUUGCUUGCUCAAAACACUGCUACAAACGCCGCUUCAAGCAAAAACGCCACAGUUCUCUCGAACGGCUCUGAUAAUGCUUUGAUCAACUCAUUCAUUUCGCCUGCCAUGGGUUGUACACCAUACACUGCACCAUCCAUUACAACGCCAACUGGUACUUCGGGGGGGCUGGCUCUCAAUGAACUCCAAGCAAAUCAGUCUCCUCCUGUUCCCCCAGCUCUCGUCCCAAUGAAUGAUGACUUCACAGUUAUCGCGGGUAACAAUGGAGCGGUCACCCAAUCUCUCGCCAAGACCAACCUUUAUCGUGCGGGUGUCGGGCAGCCUCAAGCCGCAACUGCUGCCGAUGCAUCAGGCACUACGUACUGCCAACAGUAUGCUGCAUCAGCGCUCUUCAUUGCCCAGAACCAAGCUCUGUUCACUGGAACCACUUCUCCUGCACCAGCAGUUGCCAACAACCUCUUCACCUUCUUGGCCAAUCGAUUUGCUACAAGUUUCGGACCAGUUCCAUCGUUAGGUUGCUCAACGAUCUUCAACGUCAACAUCACCAGCCUUGUCCAACAAACCAUGAAUGGAAACUGCGUUGUUGUUGCAGCGAAAAUCAACACGGCACCUUUCCAGCAAAUCUUGAACGGUCAGAUCAAGCCUGGGGGAGCUGGUGCAGUCAGCUCAGCAACAUCGAAAACACACGCAGCAAACGUGGCUUCAGCAGCGGUGGUGGCAACUGGCACUGGCACUGGAGCAGGGCGACACCACCAUUGGCUUGGCUUGAAAAACAGAAAUGUUUGGGCUCGCGCUAGCUAAGUGGCCAAAGGCAUUCGCACUUGCGGGGAAGAAGCAUCCUGGCCCUUAUCUGAGUCAAGAAUGACCGAGUUGUACGAAUAGAAGAGCAAUUGCUCAAGGUUUUGCACCCCCUGUGGGAUUAAGCACCUGCCUUUUGUGGAACAAGCAUUAUAUCAAGGACAGAUUUUUAAUUCAGUUUCGAGGCUGCCAUAGGAGUAAUGUAGCCAAGGACUUCGUUAGUAAAUAAUCAUAUGCCCCGGAGGCGGG